AGAUAACUUACAUUGAAAGUCCUCCAAAAAAACCAUAUCGCACACCUGUGCAUACUCUCUAAACCUCUCCCAUUACUCUUUCUACAUGUCUGCAGAGAGUUCACUACCAGGUUUACGCCGUAUUGUCACAGCGCAUGUCUCUGGCGCUGCCGUUGUCAAGAGCGACAUCAUUAUUCCUUCUACACCAAUAUUACCAGGCCAAACGACCAUCCGCACGGGAGGGUUAUGGACGACAGACGCGACUCCCACGAACGACAAUAACGUCGAGGUCGAUGGCGCAACGCGGGAGGUCCCCGGAAUGUUGGGACUCGUGAUGCCCCACGGCACGAACUUCCGCUUUACAGAUCUUGGCCCUGGGGAAGUCGUUCCGAUGCAUAGGAGCAGCUCCGUGGACUAUAACAUCCUAAUACAAGGCGAGCUGGUAUUGAUUUUGGAUGACGGCGCCGAGACACACUUGAAGAACCCAGGAGACGUCGUCAUACAGAGAGGAACGAUUCAUGGUUGGAGAAACCCAAGUAGCACAUGUGCCCGUUGGGCAUGCGUAGUCAUCGAUGCAGUGCCGAUCUCUGUUGAGGGACAGGUGCUAGAGCCGUUGUGGGGAGGUGACAGCACAAAGAAAUAGUCCGCAGACGGCUGAGUUUAUGACAUUCUUUCAAAAAUGCUUCGUAUCGUAC